AAGCUCUUACAUAAUCAUCAUCGGGUAAGGGUACCAGAAAUGUGGGGAGCGGGAAGGUGACUAAAUAGGACUCAGCAUCCGACGACGCGAGAUCCGAGCAGACGAGGCCGCAGCCUAAAAGAACUUGUUCUCGUCCUUUGUCUGCUCUUCCCCGGUCAAUUCCGCCUCCAAACCACCUCAAUCACAUACAAUGGCCACCAAAGGACUGGCAAACAUCCUCACGAAGAAGGCGAGCGACGUCGUCAUCGUCUCCGCCCUGCGCACGCCCUUCACAAGAGCGAUCCGCGGCGGCCUCGCAAACAUGUAUCCCGAGGAACUGCUGGCCUCUGUUCUCAAGGCCACCGUCGACCGCACCGGCAUCAACCCCGCCGAGGUCAACGACGUGCUCACCGGUGCUGUUCUGCAGACGCUCGGCGGCCAGAAGGCCUCCGCGACCGCGAUCAAGUCCGUCGGGUUCCCGUACACGACCACCUCCGGAACCGUCAACAGACAGUGCUCGUCCUCCGCGCAGGCGGCCUCCUUCAUCGCGGGCGCGAUCAAGGCCGGCUCGGUUGACGUCGGUAUUGCUGCUGGUGUGGAGUCGAUGACGAUGGACUACUUCCCGCACCGCGGCAUCCCCACGCGCGUGUCCGAGGCGCUCAUCAAGGACCCCGGCGAGGCGCAGGACGUGCUGAUGCCGAUGGGCAUCACUUCCGAGAACGUCGCGACCGAGUUUGGCAUCUCGCGCGAGGACCAGGACGCGUUUGCGGCCGUGAGUCACGCAAAAGCCGCGGACGCGUGGGCGUCGGGGUUCUUUGACGACGAGGUUAUCUCGGUGACGGCGCGGAAGGUGUACAACGAGAAGAAGGGCGAGAAGCCGCCCGAGGACGGCUCGGUCGAGUGGGUUACGAUCUCGAAAGACGACGGCGUGCGCGCGGGCACCACUGCCGAGAGUCUUGCGAAGCUCAAGCCCGUCUUUUCAGAGACCGGAACCACCACCGCCGGCAACUCUUCGCAGAUCUCGGACGGCGCGUCGGCGGUGUUGCUCAUGUCGCGCGCGAAGGCGGACGCGCUCGGGUUGAAGCCGAUUGGAAAGUUUGUCGCGAGCGUUACUGCGGGUGUGCCGGCGCGGUUGAUGGGAAUCGCGCCUGCGUUUGCUGUGCCCAAGCUUUUGGACUUGAGCGGUCUGUCGGUCGGAGAUAUCGACAUCUUUGAGCUUAACGAGGCAUUUGCGAGCCAGUCGCUGUACUGCAUCCGCAACCUCGGCGUCGACACCGCGAAGCUCAACACCGGCGGCGGUGCGAUCGCCAUCGGCCAUCCUCUCGGAGCCACCGGCGGCCGCUGCGUGGCCACGCUGCUGAAUGGUCUCGGCAAGACCGGUGGUAAGCUUGGUGUUGUCUCCAUGUGUGCGUCCACUGGACAGGGCUACGCUGGUCUGUUUGCGGCCGAGUAAACGAGCAAAAGACCGUCAUAAAUCAUUCUUAGUUACUUGUUUUAUUGUUCAUUUGCAUUUAGCAGUAUGUAGGUAUGUAUGUAGCCGCGAAUCGAAUAAAAGUCAGGAAGUGAAUUAGUUCGAAAGCAAUAGUAGUAGUGUGGAGUCGGAAAAAUCCGGGGCGGGAAUGAGACGAGGAUGAGCGCGGGGCACGCGAUCGCCUGUUCCGGGGUAGACCGGGCAGAGCAGACGUAUAAGAUGUCCGUUGUUGUUGCUGUUUGAAAAGUCGUAGAUUUUGUUUACUGUAGAA